CACUCUGAGAGACUCUGAUCCAUGGGCAACGGUGCCAAAGCUGCUCAAAAGCGCGAGCGUAACGCUGCUAAGAACGAUCCCAAGGGGUCUAAGAGCCAGGCGAAAGUCAACGAGGCAGCCAAGAACAUCAUCUGCCAGACUUGCAGACAGUCUUUCCUUCUGACAACUCGGGCACCGGCAUUAGAGGAACAUGCUAAGAACAAACACUCCAAGACUCUAGCGGAGUGCUUCCCUGGUCAGUGACAGUCCCACAAGCGAGUCGUAGGGACUAUCGUCCUUGCGGGCCCCCAUGUAUAUCAUUGUUCCUUGGGCAUUUGCGGUAGUUUGGCUGGGCGUCUCGGCGAUGGUAGUAGUGGAAUUGCUACAAAUUUA